AUGGAAACCCAUCCAUCUUUUGCAGCUGUGUCCGGUAUACUCUCAAAAUAUCCCCGAGCCGCUGGAGUCGUCUACCAGGCGUAUAACGACUUGCUUUACACGCAGCAAUGGGCGGACCUUGAGAUCGUAGAACUAUCGCACUGUCAGCGUGCCGGUUUCCGGGGGCGCAGACCAGAAAGCGAAAAGCCUUCAUGUGUAGUCCCAUGUUCGCUCGCAGAAAGCUUGUCCAUCGCAUGGUUGAAAUCUGCGUACGCCGAGUUGGGCGAUCCGGAGGAGAUAUUUCUCGCCAUAUUAGCGGACGAUUCGUCCAUUGUAUACUACAAGCUCAGUAAAGGAUUAACGAAACCGCCGAUAUAG